UUUGCUUUUGGCCGCCUCCUCGCCGCUGCUCUGUCUCCGGCUCUGCGCUAGGGUUUUGGAUCGUGGGUGGCUGGGAGGCGAGCGGGGAGCUGCGCGCGAGGGAGAGCGGCGUGGGAUGGCGCUCACGAACUUCAUCCUGACGGUGGUGGGGGUGGGCGCGGCGGUGAUGCUGCUGCGGAAAGACGUCAAGCAGUCGGCCACCAUGUUCCGCCGCAACGUGCGCCACAUCCGCAACUGGCUCGAGGAGGAGUCCGCCGCCGCCGCCAAAUCUACAGAGGGAUCUUCAGUAAAGGAGUUGGAGUCUCAAGCUGCCAAGAAAGAUGCUGCACCCAAGGAGGACAAGCAUUAGAUGAUAUUACACUCUUUUACGUAUCAUGAAAUUCAAAGUGUGAGUUCCAGGAUUUUGAUCUAGUCCUUGUAAAAAAAUGUUCUGUAGGAUUUUUAACCUUGAGACUAUUUUUACUCAAUAACGGAGGAUACUUGAGGUUCGGGUUCUGAAAUAAUAUUGCAAAAAGAGGGAUCUUUAAUGUCAAUAAGAUGUCUACUCGAUGAUGAUGGAUAUCAGGAUAUCCUGUCUAGUUCUAUAUUUGAGACUUUCUGUAGUUGAGAAGAAUCCAUAUACUUGCAAAUGAAAUGGUGGAUUUGUGUACUAUCUUCACUCUGAUUAAUUUGACAACCCAUUAUACA